AUGGUCCUUUUACGCUUGGCUUGGCUUGCCGGCUUGGUUGCCUCUGCUAUUGCGGCUACUCCUGAUCAAUGGCGCUCGCAGUCGAUAUACUUCAUGCUUACUGAUCGCUUCGCUCGGACGGAUGGCUCGACUACGGCGAGUUGUGAUGCGAGUAUGAGGAGAUACUGCGGUGGAACCUGGAAGGGAAUUGAGAACAAACUCGACUACAUCCAGGGAAUGGGCUUCACGGCUAUUUGGAUUACUCCUGUAACAGCCCAAUUGCCCGAGGACACCAAGUAUGGUGAAGCCUAUCAUGGCUACUGGCAGCAAGACAUCUACGGUCUCAACUCACAUUAUGGCACGGCAGAUGAUCUCAAGGACCUCGCCUCAGCUCUGCAUAAACGGGGAAUGUAUCUCAUGGUUGAUGUAGUAGCCAACCAUAUGGGCUACGAUGGUUCUGGGGAUUCAGUCAACUACGCCGUAUUUAAUCCAUUCAAUGAAAAGAAAUAUUUCCACUCCUACUGCGAGGUCAACGAUUACAACAACCAAACCAAUGUGCAAGACUGCUGGCUCGGUGAUACGACUGUCUCACUACCUGAUCUCGAUACGGACAGUGAAGACGUCCAGAGUAUGUGGUACAACUGGGUUGGAUCAUUGGUUUCUAACUACUCGAUCGACGGUCUCCGCGUUGACACAGUCAAACAUGUCGAAAAGAGCUUCUGGUCAGGUUACAACAAAGCCGCUGGUGUGUACUGCAUCGGCGAGGUCUUUGACGGCGACGCCCAUUAUACUUGUCCUUACCAGGAGGUGAUGGACGGGUUGCUCAACUACCCAAUGUAUUACCCUCUCCUCGGAGCCUUCAAAUCCACAAGCGGUAGCAUGAGUGAUCUCUAUGACAUGAUCAACACCGUCAAGUCAACCUGCGCCGACUCGACUCUGCUAGGGAAUUUCGUGGAGAAUCAUGAUAACCCACGCUUUGCUUCCUACACUGAUGACAUAUCGCUCGCCAAGAAUGCCGCUGCCUUCACUAUCAUGGCUGAUGGUAUUCCAAUUAUCUACGCCGGACAAGAACAACACUACAGCGGAGGCAGCGACCCGAACAAUCGCGAGGCUACCUGGUUGUCCAAGUACAACACCAACAGUGAAUUAUACCAGCUCAUUGCGAAGGCGAAUGCAAUUCGGAAUCAGGCUAUCUAUAAGAGUGAUAAGUAUACCACUUACAAGAACUAUCCGAUCUACAAAGAUGACACCACUCUAGCUAUGCGCAAAGGCUACAGCGGCUCUCAGACAAUCACUGUUCUCUCAAACCUUGGUGAGAGUGGAAGCUCGUAUACACUUUCGCUUCCUGACACAGAGUUCAAGGCUGGUGAUAAGUUGAUGGAAAUCAUCACUUGUACUAGUGUGACUGUUGAUAGCAGUGGGAAUGUUCCUGUUCCCAUGGCGAAGGGACAGCCGAGGAUUUUGUACCCUUCUUCGCUGAUUCAGGGAGCGAGUUUGUGUGCUUAG